AUGAGGGGAGGCAGGGAUGGAGCCGCACUCGUGACAGCGUGCCGAGCGCUCACGCGCAUCCCUCCUCCCGCCGAGAUGCAGCAGGGCCGGCCAUCCCUCUGCUGCGUCUCCACCAUCCGCAGCUCGCAGGGACCACCCGAGCCAGCCGCUGCCGCCGCCACCGCCCACUUCAGCUUCUGCCGCAGCCUCCUGGAGCACACGGUGUCGGCCGAAAACCUCAGCUACCGCCUGCAGCGGAACCCGGGCAGCAGCCUCACCUGGCACGACGGCCGGAGCCAGCGCCCCGACGGCGGCCGCACCGUCAAACUCCUGCGCCAGCCGGGCACCGAGGGCUCGCAGGGCCGUGGCUGUGACCACUAUGGCAUCUACCACACCAGCCCCACGCUGGGCAGCCUGGUCAAGCCGGUGGUGCUCUGGACCCAGCAGGAUGUGUGCAAAUGGCUGAAGAAACACUGCCCACACAACUAUCUCAUCUACGUCGAGGCUUUCUCCCACCACGCCAUCACAGAUUGCACCAACACUGUGAACCGAGCUCCGCUGGGAUGGGCUGUGCACCGCCGAAACGAGACCUGAGCCACACGCUUGGAAUACGAAGAGACAGCUUCCCAGACACUCUGGGGCUCCUCUCCUGCUUCUUCCUUCUUUUUCUUUUAAAGGAAUACAUUCCUGUGCAGGGAUGGAAUGUUUCUUCCAGCAGACAUGGCUCUUGGCUGGAGGAAAAUUAGCCAAGCGGCUGCUGGGACAGAUGAUGAACUUUCACCCACCUGAGCCUGAUGGUUCAUAGGGAAAGAGAUGGAAAAAAGGAGAUGGCAACAGGCAUGGCUCAGUGCUGUGGGGAAAGGGAACAUGGUGAUUCCUGGGGCAGCUCAGAGCCAUGUGCAGGACACUGAAGCAUUGUGCACGUGGGCAAUAUCCCAGCACUCGGCAACUUGUAUCCGUGCCUCGGAGCUUAUUUAGAGAGUUUUAGUGUUCUCAUCAGACUGGGCUGUCUUCUAGCGUCCGAGGAGGUGACGUUAUCAGCAGCAAAUAAGAUGAUCCAACCAGCCAAAAAAAUUCAAAGCAGGGCCAAGACCCCAGCACCCAGCUCUACUUGGUGAGUUAAAAAUGGAGCUGAGUCAUCAGAGCUGGAAAAUCUGAAAGUAAAGGCAGGAUGGAUGCGCUGGGAGGGUGCUGUGGCCUGGAGGGAGCUGCACCAGGAGAUCGUCCUUCAUCAGUGGGCAGAGGGGGGAGCCCAUGCAGGGGCCAGUGGGAGCAGACGUGGAUGCUGCCGGGUUGUGUGGGUGCUGCCCCAGGUGAGGAUGGGGGAUUACUGGGUGCCAGGUACCCCCAACACCGAUGCCCAGCCCUGCUCCUCUCCAUGCUCCCACCAGCUCUGAAGAGCUCUGCUCCACCAGGCAUUGGCAGGUGCUCAUCUUGACCUCCUGCCCAGGGGCUGGCGAUGGUGCCACCAAACCCGGGCGCCUUCCUGAUGACCUUCACCAUCAAGAAGGUGAAGGUGUUUGCUGUUAUACCCCUCCACCCACUAAACCGCCCUGUCCAGAGCCACAGGCUGCUCAUGUGGGCAGGUAAGGAACACCCAUGUGUAAAAUAGGAUCUGGGGGUGGGGUGGAUGCUGUCACCUCCCCACGGUCCUCCUCCAGUGAUGAGGGCAGGGCUGUGGAUCAUGGGGGUCCAAAAAGAGCAGCACCCCAGAGUCCCUGGGGCACUGGGAUGUGGAGGCAGGUCACAGUGCCCCCCAGCCAGGCACCCACGCACCUGCUCCUCUGCUGGUAAUAAAUUAGAGACUGUUAUUUUAACUCACUGCUUUUCCAACUCUUCCCACGUCUGAACUUGCGCCGUGAGUUUGGUCCCUUCAGCC